ACGUCCUUGUUUUGAGCUGUUGUGGCGGUUUAGUCGUGCACGUGCACGUGCACGUGCGCGUGCGUGUGCAGGAGGAGGAGGAGGAGGGUCCUCCAGGGCUCGGCCGUGUGUGUCGGCCAAACUUCACUAACUCAACAACUUGAUGGCGUGCUAGCAGCCCGGUCAGACGCCGACUCCUACAAGACAAGCGGAGGCAUCACCACCAGGCUAAAGACGCCAUCAUGGCUUCUGGUUGGACGCUGGCUGGCUCCCAAAUAGUGUCACCGGCGGCCGAGAGACUGCGUCACAUCCUGGCGGAGGACGACGGCGGGCCGACGCCCACCAUCUUCACGGAGAUGGACACGCUGCAGCAGGAGGGCGGCGAGCUGGAGUGGAAGGAGUCGGCCAGGUGGGUGAAGUUCGAGGAGAAGGUGGAGGAGGGCGGCGAGCGCUGGAGCAAACCACACGUGUCCACGCUGACGCUGCACAGCCUCUUCGAGCUGCGGACAUGUCUCCAGACUGGAAGCAUCCUGCUGGACUUGGACGCCUUCUCGCUGCCACACAUCGUGGACGAGAUCGUGGAGCGGCAGAUCGCCGACGGCCUGGUCUCGGAGGACCUGAAGGAGAAGAUCAGCUUCGUGUUGCUACGACGACACCGCCAUCAGACCAAGAAGCCCAUCCAUCGCUCGCUGGCCGACAUCGGGAAGUCCUCCUCCGGCGCCGCCAACCGUAGUCCUCAGGGCGCGCUGAGUCGUAGCACUAGUACUACUUCCGCCAUCCAUCGAUCCACUGAUGACCUGCGCUCGCGACACGCCAGCAGCCUGGGACGCCUGCAUCACGCACAGAGUCGCAGCAUGAACGACAUUUCUGACACGCCCAGUUCAGACCAGCUGAAGAACAAAUUCAUGAAGAAGAUUCCUCGCGAUGCCGAGGCGUCCAACGUGCUGAUUGGCGAGGUGGACUUCCUGGACAAACCCUUCGUCUCCUUCGUGCGUCUGGCCCAGGCCACCACGCUGGGCGGUCUCACGGAGGUCCCGGUACCGACCAGGUUCCUCUUCAUCCUGCUGGGUCCUCAUGGAAAGACCAAGUCCUACAACGAGAUCGGGCGGGCCAUCGCCACGCUCAUGGUGGACGACCUCUUCAGCGACGUGGCGUACAAAGCCAGGGACCGCGAGGACCUGAUCGCAGGCGUGGACGAGUUUCUGGACGAAGUCAUCGUCCUUCCCCCGGGAGAAUGGGACCCCAAAAUCCGCAUCGAGCCCCCCAAGAAGGUUCCGUCAGCCGACAUGAGGAAGUCGGUGCUGAACCUGAACGAGCUGGGCCAGAUGAACGGGUCUGCCGGGGGUGCGGCAGGGGGGGAAGACGAGGAGCUCCCGGCCCAACACGAGCUGGGAGAGGAGCUGAAGUUCACCGGAAGGCUCGGCGGCGGCUUGUGGUUGGACAUCAAGAGGAAGGUCCCGUUCUACUGCAGCGACGUUUACGACGGCUUCCAUAUCCAGACCAUCUCCGCCGUGCUCUUCAUCUACUUGGGCUGCAUCACCAACGCCAUCACCUUCGGCGGCCUGCUGGGGGACGCCACCGACAACUACCAGGGCGUGAUGGAGAGCUUCUUGGGCACGGCUCUGGCGGGAACCGUCUUCUGCUUGUUCGGCGGUCAGCCUCUCAUCAUCCUCAGCUCCACCGGACCCAUCCUCAUCUUCGAGAAGCUUCUAUACGAGUUCUGCAAGAGCAACGGCGUGGACUACAUGGAGCUGCGCCUGUGGAUCGGCAUCCACUCGUGUCUGCAGUGCCUGGUGCUGGUUCUGUCCGACGCCAGCUACAUCAUCCAGUACAUGACCCGCUUCACCGAGGAGGGCUUCUCCAGCCUCAUCUCCUUCAUCUUCAUCUCGGACGCCAUCAAGAAGAUGGUGGGAGUCUUCAAAUAUUACCCCAUCAACCGCGGGUUCAAGCCGGACUACGUGACGUCGUACACGUGCGACUGCGUGCCUCCUGACCAGGCGCCGCUGGCCGACGACAACAUGACUCUGCUGUUCAACCUGAGCGACCUGGCCUGGGGUCAGCUGAGCAAGAAGGAGUGUGUGAAGUACAGCGGCGCCCUGGUGGGCAAGGCCUGUAAGUACGUGCCCGACCUGGCCCUCAUGUCCUUCAUCCUCUUCUUCGGCACCUACUCCAUGACCGUGUCCCUCAAGAAGUUCAAGUUCAGCCGCUACUUCCCGACAAAGCUCCGUAAGUUUGUCAGCGAUUUCUCCAUCGUUAUUUCCAUCCUGGUCUUCUGCGGGUUGGACGCCCUGCUGGACCUGGACACCCCCAAACUGCACGUCCCCACCGAGAUAAAGCUAAGGAAGCUAAUCAGUGAUUUUGCCAUCUUCAUGUCAAUCAUGUCCUUUGUGGGUCUGGAUAUGUUGGUGGGUUUAGACACGCCCAAACUAAUCGUUCCUACUGAGUUGAAGCCCACACGUUCUGACCGGGGGUGGCUGGUGAUGCCGUUCGGCAAGAACCCGUGGUGGUGGUACCUGGCCAGCUCCGUGCCCGCCCUGCUGGUCACCAUCCUCAUCUUCAUGGACCAGCAGAUCAGCGCCGUCAUCGUCAACCGCAAGGAGAACAAGCUGAAGAAAGGUUGCGGCUACCACCUGGACCUGUUCUGGGUGGGGGUCCUGAUGGCCGUGUGCUCCUUCACGGGUCUGCCCUGGUACGUGGCCGCCACCGUCAUCUCCAUCGCUCACAUCGACUCGCUCAAGAUGGAGAGCGAGUCCAGCGCCCCUGGAGAGCAGCCACAGUUCCUGGGGGUCCGCGAGCAGAGACUGACCGGGAUUCUGGUCUUUGUCCUGACCGGACUCUCCGUCUUCCUGGCCCCGGUGCUGCAGUACAUCCCCAUGCCCGUCCUCUAUGGGGUCUUCCUCUACAUGGGCGUGGCCUCGCUCAGCGGCAUCCAGUUCUGGGAGCGCAUGAAGUUGUACAUGAUGCCACCCAAACAUCAACCAGACUUCUCCUUCCUGCGCCAUGUUCCUCUGAGAAGGGUCCACCUCUUCACUCUGGUGCAGGUCAUAUGUCUGGCUGUCCUCUGGGUCCUAAAGUCCACCUUCCUCGCCAUCAUCUUCCCCGUCAUGAUCCUGGGUCUUAUGGUGGUGCGGAAGCUUCUGGACCUGAUGUUCUCCCAGCACGACCUGGCCUGGCUGGACGACCUCCUCCCUGACAGGGAGAAGAAGAAGAGCGAGGACGAGAAGAAGAAGAAGAAGAAGAAGAAGAAGACGACGACGACGGAGACCGAGAGCGACGAGGAGGAGUCCGAGCGGUACUCCGCGUCGACCUGCGAUCAGAACCAAGCGGACCCCAGGUACUGUGUGCUGAAGCUGCACGUCCCCUACAGCGACCUGAUGCUGUCCCCCGACUCCGCCUCUGUGCCGCCUAAUGUGUCUCUUUUAUUUUGAAAUGUGCAUAUUUAUGAGCUGCUUACUCCGUAGAGUGCCACCUUGUGUUUAGAUGUCACAAAAUAAAAGUGGUCUCUUUAGAAGAGGGGUGUCAAGUUCAUUUUAGCUCAGGGGCCACGUGGAAGAAGAUCUAUUCCAUGGCAAGAUAACUUCAAAAUAAAGACCACCUCAGAUUGUUUUCUGUGUUUAAAAAGAGAGCAUUUCAAUGUUGCAGUUAGUAGUAUUCCAUCUCC